GUGCUUUGGAGGAAGUCAGAUUUUAUAUCACCGUCCCAAGGCAAACUUUUGGCAGUGUUUGAACAGUUGUUGGGAAGAGAGACUUCCGCGAGGUUUAUGGCCCCUAUAAUGGGGUUGAGUUUGUAAGCCAGGUGUCGCUCCGCUCCAGGCCGGGGUUUCCAGCGCGCCUCUGCAGUGAGACAGACACGCAGCCGGUGUACUCGACGCGCAAGCCGUCUCUCUGCUCCGGGAUCGCGGGGCGCUUUCCGCAGUACCAAACGAGUGGAAUUUCCUUAAGUUUUCAGAAAAGGCGCUCUCAUUGAGCUGAGUGUGCGGCGGGUCCCGUCUCGGUAUAGCAAACGGGCGUUCAGAGGGAAACCGGUCGGGCCAUCGCGACGACGAAAGGGCGCAUGGCUUUGAUUUAAACGCGCAUUCAUUGCGCUCUGCCCCAAACCGAGUGUCGCAUGGAACGGGACAACUCCGGCUGCUGAAAACGGCGAAAUGCUCCUUUUAAACGUGACCUGGGUGUUCGCUUGUCUCAGCUUUCCAUAUUCGUAGGCCUAAUGUGGUUUGGUUUGUGGACUGCGCGGAUCUGCGAUCUACCUGAGCGCGCGAUGAAAGUCUUUGUGCGCUGAUUUAGAGGUGACUUAGAGACCCUCGCUUUUUAUAGCGUCAAUAGAUCUGCUUGGACUUCUCCUCAAUCCAUGGAGCAUGAAUGGUGAAGGGUGGAGAGCAGCAUAUUGCUGAUGUCUGCGUGGCCUGCAUACUGUCUAGAUCCUCUUUACAAUCUAAACUAUUUUCUGGCAUCUGGAGACGCUCUUGAAUAACCAAAAUGGCUACUUCACUGUGGAAAUGUCCCCUGGUGCAUGGACUUGUGUUAACUGUGAUUUUCGUACAAUCUUCAGAAGCCUUCAGUCGUGCAGCGCUGCCGUUCGGUCUGGUGCGGAGAGAGCUGUCGUGUGAGGGUUACCCCAUCGAUCUGCGCUGCCCGGGGAGUGAUGUCAUCAUGAUCGAAACCGCCAACUACGGCCGCACAGACGACAAGAUAUGCGACGCAGACCCCUUCCAGAUGGAGAACAUUAACUGCUACCUCCCGGAUGCAUAUAAAAUCGUAUCUCAAAGGUGUAACAAUCGGACGCAGUGUGUUGUCAUCACUGGCUCGGACGUCUUUCCAGAUCCGUGUCCUGGGACAUACAAGUAUCUUGAGGUCCAGUAUGAAUGUGUGCCAUACAUUUUUAUUUGCCCUGGGACUCUGAAAGUGGUAGGAGAUCCAGCCUUUGUCUUUGAGGCGGAACAGCAAUCCGGAGCUUGGUGCAAAGACCCCCUGCAGGCGGGGGACAAGAUCUACUUCAUGCCGUGGACUCCGUACCGCACCGACACGCUCAUAGAGUACGCCUCACUCGACGACUUGCGAAGCGGCCGACAGACGACUACCUACAAACUUCCACACCGUGUUGACGGAACCGGAUUUGUGGCAUACGACGGGGCCAUCUUCUUCAACAAGGAACGCACGCGAAAUAUCGUCAAGUUUGACUUGCGCACUCGGAUAAAGAGCGGGGAGGCCAUAGUCGCAAAUGCCAACUACCACGACACCUCGCCGUAUCGCUGGGGCGGGAAAACGGACAUUGACUUGGCAGUUGAUGAACGGGGACUGUGGGUUAUCUACGCUACAGAACAGAAUAACGGACGUAUCGUUCUCAGCCAACUCAAUCCUUAUACUCUGCGCUUUGAGGUCACUUGGGAGACCGUCUACGACAAACGCUCGGCCUCCAAUGCCUUCAUGGUGUGCGGCAUACUUCACGUGGUCCGUUCCACCUAUGAAGAGAAUGAAAGCGAGGCCAGUAAGAGCCAAAUUGACUAUGUGUAUAACACCAAACUGGGGCAAGGGGAGUAUGUCAAUAUCCUCUUCCCUAACCAGUAUCAGUACAUCGCAGCUGUGGAUUACAACCCGAGGGAUAACCAGCUAUACGUGUGGAAUAAUUUUUACAUUCUGCGAUACAAUCUGGAGUUUGGGCCACCCGAUCCAGAUGAAGUACCAACUGUCUCUGAUGACGUUACAUCAACGGUGCAGCCUAGAAGAUCCACACCUCCCAUCAGGACCACAGCUAUCAGCAUCACCCAGAGACCUGCGCUCAACAUCACCAUCAUGCCGAGCCCCAGCGCCGUCAGCCCGCCCCCCUCCAGCAGACGCUUCUGUGACGGGACAGAGAGGAGAGGAAUCUCCUGGCCGCAGACACACCGAGGAGCGACGGUGGAGCGGCCGUGUCCUAAAGGAACUCGAGGAAUCGCUCUGUUCCUCUGCACGUCUGCCGACGGGACCUGGAGUCCCAAAGGUCCUGAUCUCAGUAACUGCACAUCCCACUGGGUGACACAGGUGGCACAGAAGAUCCGGAGUGGUGAGAACGCUGCGAAUCUGGCGAACGAGCUGGCGCGUCACACUCAGGGUCCCGUGUACGCGGGCGACGUCAGCUCCUCUGUGCGGCUCAUGGAGCAGCUGGUGGAUAUACUGGACGCUCAGCUGCAGGAGCUCAAACCCAACGAUAAAGACACGGCCGGACGGAGCUUCAACAAGGCCAUUGUGGACACGGUUGACAACCUCCUGAGGCCAGAAGCCCUUAAAUCCUGGGAGGACAUGAAUUCCACAGAGCAAACCCAUGCUGCUACUAUGUUACUCGAUACCCUGGAGGAAGGAGCCUUUGUCCUUGCAGACAACCUGAUCGAGCCUGCAGUCGUCAGAGUGCCUGCCGAGAACAUCAUGUUGGACGUGUACGUGUUGAGCACCGAUGGCCAAAUUCAGGACUUCAGGUUUCCACAGAGCAGCAAAAGAGGAGCCACGAUUCAGCUUUCAGCAAACAUGGUCAAACUAAACAGUAAAAACGGACAUAAACACUCUGCACAAGGUCACAAAUAUAGGGGGAAAUUUGGAAAGUCUGGGGACAAAGGCGCUGAAGAAAAACACAAGCUCUUGCCAGCAAGCAGACAUUUUCAGGGCCAAAGUUAUGACUUACACUCGUCUGAGAAGGCGCCUACGCGCAGUUUGUCUCCGAUAAUCUUUAAGAUCAGACUCAAUCUCAUCUUUCUGGUGGUGACUAUGUACAAGAUGGUAAAGCACUCAAUGUCUAUGAAACCUGAUUCCAGCCGACUGGAGAGCAUACGGUCCUGGGUGUUUGGUGCUUUUGCACUGCUGUGUCUGGUUUGUCUGACGUGGUCGUUCGGCCUGUUUUUCUUAAACGACACUUCAGGAAUCAUGGCGUACCUCUUCACUAGCUUCAACACCUUACAAGGGCUGUUCAUCUUCAUCUUCCACUGUCUUCUGCAGAAGAAGGUGCGUAAAGAGUACAGCAAGUGUUUGCGGCAGUCUCAGUGCUGUACUAGUCUUCCCUCUGAAGGACCUCACGGCGUUAACAAACCCUCGGCCUCCAGGUCCACCGCUCGAUAUUCAUCUGCUACACAGAGCCGCAUCAGGAGGAUGUGGAACGACACUGUGAGGAAACAGUCAGAGUCGUCCUUCAUCUCCGGAGAUAUCAACAGCACUUCCACUCUAAACCAAGGAAUGAGCGGCAACUAUCUGCUAACUAACCCUCUCCUCAGGCCUCACGACACUAACAGCCGCUAUAACAACCUUCUCGCCGAAACCAUCGUCUGCAACACCCCUUCUCCUCCAGCUUUCCGCUCUCCAGUUCUCAGGUCAGCUAGCCUGAGCAGACACACAUGAUGUGAGUGUUUGCACUCUUCGCCUUCGCUCUGUGAUCUGUGGACUGGCAUCUGUGUGCUCCAUAAACACCAUUCAUCUCUGUUGUGUUCGAUGCAGACGUUUACAGCAUGUUUUGUGUUUAUG